AAGCUGUUUUGAUUCAGAGUCCAUUUCCUGCACAUUGUAGCAACACUCAGAGAAACUGAAACGAGCUGGCCCUCUUAAGGCACAGACAUUAUUCACCUACCAGUCAAGUGGAAGUGGAGCAGGAACUGUGUGGGAACCACUGUUUCAGCAUGAAUAAACAGUGCCCAGAGACUCCCAUACCACAGAAGUGAACAUUGGUGGAGGUAACAGAGCAGAGUUGGAGCCCGUGGGGUGCUAUAGUGGUUGCACAGCAACCAAGUGCAGGAAAUAUAGCACUAUAGCUCUACUCAGCUGGCUGCUGUCAUUCCAGAGCUCAUCGGAAAAGGAAACCAAAGAUGGCAUCUUCUCUGAGGAGCUUGCUCUCAGACCACAGCCGAUAUAUCGAAUCUUUUCGUCUGUUCCUUGAGAAUUCGACAGAGCACCAAUGCAUGCUGGAAUUCAUUGAGAAGAAGCUGCCGGGCAUAAUAUCGAGCAUUGGAAAUGGAAAGUCUGCAAUCAAUAUUCUAAGUGUAGGUGGUGGUUCAGGUGAAAUUGACCUUCAGAUUCUCUCAAAAGUACAGGCUAAAUAUCCAGGAGUUACCAUUAACAAUGAGGUGAUAGAGCCAAACGAUGAACAAAUCCUCAGCUACAAAGAACGUGUGGCUAAGACACCGAACCUUGAGAACAUAAAGUUUACCUGGCAUAAGGAGACAUCGUCUGAAUACAAAAGUCGAAUGAAUGAGAAAAAAGAGUUUAAGAAAUGGGACUUUAUUCACAUGAUUCAGAUGCUCUACUAUGUAAAAGAUAUCCCUGCUACUAUUCAAUACUUUCACAGUCUGCUGGAAGCUAAGGCUAAGCUCCUUAUUAUUCUCGUAUCAGGAACCAGUGGCUGGGCCAGGCUGUGGAAGAAAUAUGGACCUCGCUUACCUCUGAACGAUCUUUGCUUAUAUGUUUCAUCUGCUGACAUCAAAGAGCAACUCAAUACAAUAGGGCUGAAGUAUCAGGUCUAUGAGCUUCCAUCCACUAUGGACAUAACUAAUUGUUUUAUCAAAGGGAACAAAGAGGGGGAGCUGCUGCUGGAUUUUUUGACAGAAACCUGCUAUUUUAGUAAAACUGCUAGUCUAGACCUAAAAAAUGAAAUAAUGGAAGAACUUAAAAAGCCUGAAUGCAGUGAAGAGAAAGAUGGAAAGGUUUUUUUUAACAACAACUUGAGUGCAAUAGUGAUUGAGCCAUGACUAAGAUCUACUGGAUUUCUCAGUUCAGAAACAAAUGAUCAUAUACAAACAGUUAACCACUUAAAUGUCUCUGUGUGUUUCAUACUCUACCAAUUAAGUUUACUAGGGUAUGUCUGAGAAAGUUUAUAAACAGUUAGGAAAUUAAUAUUAAUAGGUGUAACAAAUGCACGUUAAUACAUUACUAAUUCUUCAAAAAUCUAUUAAUAUAAAACUUGCUAUUCAGCAAGUUCUACCUUAUAAAAUGCAGUUCUUUAAUCAGAAUUCAGAUAACUAGCACCAUUAAUCAAAGCCCAGCAAAUACAAAACAAUGCACUUCUGAUGGAUGGGUAAGGAGUAAUACUGACCUUGAACAGAUAUUGUUAUAAUUUAAAUAUGCUAUCCAGCCAAAUAUUUUUUUAACUGAAGUAUGUUUGGAAAUCUCCAGUAGAACUCCUCAACCUCGCUUACAAAACUCUUCCCCCAUAACUACCGAUCCUUGGAUUGGUUCCUCUGCUACUGAUGUGGUAUUGAAGUUGUUGCAACACUGCCUUCAAAACAACAUACUUCUGGUGAUCUUCUGUAGGCAUUAAUUGCAUGCAUCUGCUGCCCUACUAAUCAACACCAUCUCAUAGCACUGCUCCCCUGGUCACGUAUUUUAUUUUAUAGCUUCUCUUCCCCGUGAAUCAGAUUCAUAUACACAGCAGAGUCUGGAGAGAUAAAGCUAUAGCUCUCAUAGACCAUUUCUCAAAAUGAACAGGCUCCCUAGGCAAUGGUGAUCAUAACAUCCAUAACAUGCAGAACAUAUUGGCUCUUCACAUCAGAUGCCGAGAUCUCUGCAGCACUGGAUUAGAGAACAAGGUAGUAUGCAAAUCCUUAGUAGGGAUGAGUUGCUGCUGAUCUUUUAAACCAAAAUGUUGUCUCAUGUUUGUAUUUUCAGUUAGAGAAAUACGUAUUUUCCCUCAUUUCUCUUAACUCUUGUGUAACAAGGGCUACAUGUGUCUGGUGGCCUCCAUAAUGUACAAGAUGUAAAAAUAAAACUUAAAGGAUGAAACAGAAAUGACA